AUGGCGGAGGCUUUGGUUUCUGGGGUGCUGGGGCAGUUGGUUUCUAUCACAACUGACUUGGCAAUGCAAGAGCUGAGGCUGGUGAAGGAUGUUGAUGAAAACAUAUCCAGUCUCAGAAGAAAGCUCAAAGACAUACAAGCUGUGCUGGAGGACGCCGAAAGGAAACAAGUGCGCAAUCCCGGUGUUAGACGUUGGUUGGAGAAGCUCAAUGAUGUUUCUUAUGACAUCGAUGAUGUGCUGGACGAGUGGAGCUCUGAAACUCUCAAAUCCAAAAUUCAGAAACGUGUGGAAGCGGAAGAAAAUGGUGACCAUAAAAAAGCAGCUGAUAAGAUGAAGAAGAAGGUAUGUCUUCCAUUGAACUCUUCUUGCUUUUAUGUCAACCAACUUAAACGAGUUGGUGUUCGCCGAGAUAUUGCUCACCGAAUCAAAGAGCUUAAUGAAACAUUAGAAAAGAUCGCAAAAGAGAAACAACAUUACUCUUUGGAAACAACAAAAGGUGUUCAAAAGCAUACAAGAGAGACUAUCUCCUUUGUUGAUGAGUCUCAAGUGUAUGGUCUGGAUGGGCCUAAGAAUGCUCUAAUUGAAAAGUUGCUUAAUGAGAGUAGUGAAGGGCCUGGUGGUGGUAAAUCAGUUCCUGUUAUCAUCCCUAUUGUGGGGAUGGGGGCAAUUGGGAAAACCACUCUUGCCCAACUUGCAUUCAAUGAUGCAAAGAUCAAAGCACACUUCCCUGAGCGGAUAUGGGCGUGUGUUUCAGACACUUUUGACGAGAUUAAAGUUGCCAAAGCAAUUAUUGAGUCUCUCAAAGGUGGUCACCAAAAUUUAGAAACACUGGAAGCUUUAUUCGAACGUAUUCGGGACUCCAUCGAGGGAAAGAAGUUCUUUCUUGUCCUAGAUGAUGUAUGGAGUGAUGACCAUGAAAAAUGGGAAAAAUUCAUACAAGUGCUUAGAUUAGGUGCUGUAGGAAGUAGAGUGUUGGUAACAACCAGAAAAGAGGAAGUUGCUAGAAUGAUGGGAGCAGCCGCCCAAAUGAUUACCAUGCAACUGCUGUCUGAUGAGGAUUGUUGGUCAAUAAUCAGCGGACUUGCGUUUAGGGAAAGAAAUAGUGAAGAGUGCAAACAAUUAGAGAGAGUUGGGAGGCAAAUUGCAAGCAAGUGCAAAGGCUUGCCUCUUGUAGCAAAGAGCUUAGGAAGUUUGAUGUGUUCCAAGGUGACUGAAAAGGAGUGGAAGGAUGUUCUAUCUAGUAGAUUCUGGGAAUUGAAAGAUGAACAAACCAAAACUUUUGCUCCAUUCUUCCUGAGCUAUUAUGAUUUGUCUCCUAGAAUCGUUUGA